CUCACGUAACGUCAUGACGACAACCCGGAAAGAAGUCCAACAUUUAUUAAGGCCAUCUUUCUUAACUACAGCGAACGUUAGUGCGUAGCUUCACCCUAAAUGCACAGCUACAACAAACACUCUAGCUACUUUUACAACAUACUGCCGGUGAUUCUGCACCCGUUGUGCAAAUCGUGUUGCCCGUGGGAAAAUGUUGUCUAGCAAGAGAGGAUCCUGGUCCUUUGUUGUACCCGCAGUACUGACCUUCUUGUUGCUGGAUGCUGUUGCUUUUGUACAGGCGAAGAACUUUGAGGAUGUUCGCUGCAAAUGCAUCUGCCCGCCAUACAGAAACAUCACUGGCCACAUAUAUAACAGAAAUGUGUCCCAGAAGGAUUGUAACUGCCUCCAUGUAGUGGAGCCCAUGCCGGUGCCUGGCCAUGACGUGGAAGCUUACUGCUUGUUGUGCGAGUGCAAGUACGAGGAAAGAAGUAGCAACACCAUCAAGGUUACUAUCAUCAUUUACCUGUCUGUUGUGGGGGCACUGCUGCUCUACAUGCUGUUCCUGCUGCUGGUCGAUCCUCUUAUUCGCAAACACGACGCCUACACCCAGCCACUGCACAACGAGGAGGACUCUGAGGAGAUGCGUCCUCCAGUUGACAGUGCUCAGGCCAAAGGAAACACCGUGCUGGAACGGGUUGAGGGAGCACAGCAGCGCUGGAAAAAGCAAGUCCAGGAACAGCGCAAGACAGUUUUUGACCGCCACAAGAUGCUUAGUUAAACCCUACAGGUGACCGUAAAGCCAGUUUAGAGUAACUUCCCUGGGCUCGGCGCUAUUACUGUCACCAGCUGCACUAUUACUAACCUCUUUGUCAUUCCCAUGCACUGCACCCCCUACAUAUGUAUUUCCGUAGAAAUUUAAACAAACUCAUCUUAACAGACGUUUUUUUAUUUGUUAUAUGUAACAUUUUAGGCUAAAAUUGAGUUUUGAAAAAAAACUGCAUGUUUGCCCACUGUUAAUAGCUAGAAAUCAUCUCAUUUCAGCAUUUUGCAUUACAACAUAUUUUGAAUGCGUUGAUAAAGUAAAAACCAUAUUUCUCAAAAGUGAGACUUAAUAGCUUUUCAGCUUCCUGAUGAUCAUUUGUUUUGUUAGCUUUUUGCUAAUUUGGUAUAAUAAGUUAUUUUGCAUAAUGUGUAAAGUUAUCUCAGAACAGGUAAGCUUUAUGUUUGUGAAUGGUCAGUUUAGCUAUUUGGGUAGAAAGAAUUCCUUACUUAUGCUAUUGUGAAAUAUUGCUGAUUCAUAUUACACCACUCAUAAUUUAUUUAUGUCAUAUUAACAUUAUUUAUUUGUCACCCAUUGCUGUACAUAGUAACCUGGACAUAUUUAGCAUAAUUUGCACUAAAAGUUUAAUUAAAGGAUUGUAAAUUU